AAAGUUAUUAAAUCCCGACCAGCAUAUAUGAAUCAAAGUUUAACUGAGGUACGACUACUUGAAUAUUUGAAUGCCAAUAGUGAUGGAAGAUCAUUCAUAAGGCUAUUAGACACGUUCAUGCAUAAAGAACAUUUAUGUCUUGUAUUUGAAUUAUUAGCAUCGAAUUUAUAUGAAUUGAUAAAGCAAAACCAAUUCCAAGGAUUAAAUAUGAAAUUGGUUAAAUUGUUAACUAAACAAUUAUUAGAAGCUAUGGCUCAAUUGAAGAAUUUCCAAAUGAUUCACUGUGAUCUAAAACCGGAGAAUAUAUUGUUAAUUCAACCCGAUAAGCCAAAUAUUAAAGUUAUUGAUUUUGGUUCGGCAUGUUUCACUCGACAGACGAUUUACACUUAUAUUCAAUCAAGAUUUUACCGAUCCCCGGAAGUGAUAUUGGGGUUACCAUAUACUGAAUCUAUUGAUAUGUGGUCUCUAGGAUGUAUUGUUGGGGAAUUGUUUUUGGGAUUGCCCAUGUUCCCAGGUACUUCUGAAUAUAAUCAAAUUUGGAAAAUUGUUGAUAUGUUGGGCAUGCCACCAAGGCAUAUGAUUGAAGUUGGAAGAAAUUCAUUGAAUUUUUUCAAGCGAAUAGAACCAAAAUCUGCAGAUGACAAGCCAAGCUAUACCGUAAAGACUUAUGAUGAAUACUUGGAAUUUUUGGAAACUUCCAAGGAUAAUCAUCACCAUUCUCGGAAAAAGGAACAACCAAACAAGGAUUAUUUCAAGCAUAGAUUACUUAAAGACAUUAUCUUGAAUUAUAAGUUGCCAUCCAAGAAAAUGACCAAUUCUAUGAUUGAGAAGGAAUGUCAAGAACGGUUAUUAUUAAUUGAUUUCCUUACAAAAGUGUUGAAUUUAAAUCCUUUGGAAAGAUUAACUCCUCAAGAAGCUUUGAAACAUCCAUUUGUAAGCGAUGUACCUACUUUGGAAAUGCCGUAGUAUAUACUCUGAUAGUGAUGUAUAGUAACGAAAAUAUAUAAUCACAAUGAAGACAUGUAUCUGUUUU